GAGCAAUAUAUUGGAAAGAGAAUAAAAGCAUUUUCUCAUUAUAGUGACUUAUGUCCUCUUAUAUAUUUUGAACUCUCUCUCUCUAUAUAUAUAUAUUUGCUUCUUUCUUCAUCCUCUUAUAAUAUUUCACUUUCCUCCAUAUAUAUAUAAACAUGUCAUCAAGCUACAUUGAUUCUACUAAUUUUGAGAAACUUUGCUAUAUCCCUUGCAAUUUUUGCAAUAUUGUUCUUGUGGUGAGUGUUCCAUGCAGCAACUUGCUUGAUAUAGUGACAGUUAGAUGUGGACAUUGCACAAAUUUGUGGUCCGUUAAUAUGGCUGCUGCAUUUCACACCAAUUCUUGGCAAAAUCAUCUUCAUCAUCAGGUAGGAAACUACACUAAUUCUCCUCAUGAUCAAUACAAGAUAGAUUUUGGUUCAUCAUCCAUCACAAACAAUUCUACUCUUGAGGAGAGGAUCGUAAAUCGACCUCCGGAAAAGAGGCAACGAGGACCUUCUGCUUAUAAUCAGUUUAUAAAAGAGGAGAUUCAAAGGAUUAAGGCUAAUAAUCCAGAUAUCACUCAUAGGGAAGCAUUUAGUACUGCUGCUAAAAAUUGGGCACACUUCCCUCACAUUCAGUUUGGGCUCAUGUUGGAGACUGACAAUCAAGCUAAACUUGGUGCUAGUGAGAACAAAGAAAAGCUUAUAAUGCAUAGAGCUGCAUUGCCAAAAAUACAGACCUUCACCUUCUAAGAGUAUUAAUUCUCUACAUGUUGUAUGUUGAAUUAUUGAAGACAAAGUGUGAUUUUAUUUGUUCUAUUUAUUAGUAAAACUUAUAAAUUGUGUAAUAUAAUUUGGAAAUUAAUUAUUUGAAGUUCCUUUAUUGUCUA